AUGAACACGGCCCACCGUGUACUCCCGCUGGACAAAGUGGAGAAGAAUGCUCUGCGAGCAGCCGUAGUUGCUCCUCACAUCGAGUCUUUCAACCACUUUAUCAACACCGCCAUCCCUGCCAUGGUCAAGGAUAUUCAACCUAUGUACGUGGAGGCCGAGUCGCCGGCGCAGCAGUCUGUUAAGCUCUGGAUCUCUUCGUUCUCGGUGGGCAAGCCCGUCGAGUCGGCGUCGGGCGUGGCCAACCCCACCGCGCUCCUCCCCUCGGCCUGCCGUGAGCGGAACAUGAGCUACUCAGCGCCGAUGCAUGUGCGGAUUAUGCGGUCGGUCGAUGGUGGCCCACCCAUGGAGACAGCCCACGAGGUCGGGCUCCUCCCCAUCAUGGUCCAGUCGGACAAGUGCCAUCUCAAGGAGAUGUCGCCGAAGGAGCUGGUGGCCGUCGGCGAGGAGGCCUCCGAGGCCGGUGGCUACUUUAUCGUCAACGGACGUGAAAAGAUCCUCCGCAUGCUCAUCAUGCCGCGCCGGCACUACCCGACCGCCAUCAUCCGGCCGUCGUUUGCCAAGCGCGGGCCGCAGUACUCGCAGUACGCCGUUUCGCUCCGCUCGGUCCGGCCCGACUGCUCCUCGGUCACCAACAACGUGCACUACCUUAACAACGGACACGUCAACUUCCGCUUCCUCCUCCGCAAGCGCGAAUACUUUGUGCCGGUCGCUGUCCUCCUCCGCGCCCUCAUGCCCACCACCGACCGCGAGAUGUUUGAGCGCCUCGCCCAGGGCAACUUUGACAACACCUACCUUGUCUCGCGCCUCGAGAUCCUCCUCUGCCAGGGCCAGAAGUUUGCCCUCUACACGCAGGAACAGGCCCUGGCAUUCCUCGGCUCGCGCUUCCGCCCCAUGCUCUACCACCCGCGCGCCUGGACCGACGCCGAGGUUGGCCGCGCCCUCAUCCGCGACUACGUCUUUAUCCACCUUGGCGACGACCUCCGCGCCAAGUACGAUCUCACCAUCUCCAUGGUCCAGAAGCUCUACGCCCUUGUCCAGGGCCACAUCCAGCCGGACUCGUCCGACGCUGCCAACAACCAGGAGAUCCUCGUCGUCGGCCACCUCUUUGGCGCCAUGCUCCGCGAGCUCCUCGAGAAGCAGCUUGGCGUCAUCAAGCUCGGCAUCCUCCGCGCCUACCGCCGCGGCGACUCCACCACCGACGUCGAGAACGCCAUCUGGUUCUCGCGCCUCAUGGCGCGCUCCACCAUGGACAUUGGCAAGCGCUUUGCCUACCUCAUGGCCACUGGCAACCUCAAGUCCGACUCGGGCCUCAACAUGGGUCAGGUUGUCGGCUACACCAUCAUGGCUGAGAAGCUCAACGUGCUUCGCUUCCUCGCCCACUUCCGCUGCGUCCACCGUGGUGCCUUUUUCUCCGAGAUGAAGACCACCUCAGUCCGUAAGCUUCUCCCCGAGAACUACGGCUUCCUCUGCCCUGUCCACACUCCUGAUGGUGCUCCGUGUGGUCUCCUCAACCACCUGGCCGCCAAGGCCCGCGUCGUCUCCACCGAGCCGCCGCCGGCCCGCCUCCUCCCGGUCCUCGCCAGCCUCGGCGUCCGCAUGGUCACCGACCCGGGCGUUGCCCCGCUCGACCACGUCCCGGUCUUCCUCGAGGGCCGCAUCGUGGGCUCGGUCGCCGUUGAACACGCCGCCAUCGUCGCCGACCAGCUCCGCCACUUUAAGGUCCAUGGCAAGUUCCACGUUCCGGCCACUCUCGAGAUUGCGUACGUCGCCUCGGAGCUCCCGGUCCACCUCGUCCGGAGCAAGGCCGCCCAGGCGCCGGCUCUGCCCGCCGCGCACGGCUCCUCGUCAUCCGAGUCGGACGACGACGCCGCCGCGCCGCCGGCCGGCAAGGACGCCGCCCGCAACGUCACCCUCCCGCCCGGCCAGUUCCCGGGCAUCUACCUCUUCUCCGGGCCCGGUCGCCUCAUGCGCCCGGUGACCAACCUCCGCGAGGGCAAGCAGGAGCUCAUCGGCUCGUUUGAGCAGCUCUACCUCCACGUCGCCUGCCUCCCCGACGACAUCCUUCCGGGCAUCACCACCCACAAGGACGAGUCGCCGACCGAUAUGCUCUCGGUCGUCGCCCUCCUCACGCCCUUCUCCGACUUUAACCAGUCGCCGCGAAACAUGUACCAGUGCCAGAUGGGCAAGCAGACCUUUGGUUCGCCGUCGACAGCGUACGCCAAGCGGACAGACAACAAGAUGUACCGCAUCCGCACCCCGCAGACCCCGAUUGUGCAGACCGAGGCCCACUCGGCGUACCAGAUCGACGAGUUCCCGCAGGGCAUGAACGCCAUUGUCGCCGUCAUCUCGUACACCGGCUACGACAUGGAAGACGCCAUGAUCAUCAACAAGCAGUCGUACGAGCGCGGCUUUGCCCACGGCUCCAUGUACAAGACCGACCUCAUCGACCUCUCCGAGACCUCGUCCGACGAGCACGGCAUCGCCAUGUUCUGCAACAUCAAGCCCGGGACCACCGACGAGCUCGAGUGCAAGGAGCUCGACGCCGACGGCCUCCCGCCAGUCGGCACCCUCCUCACCAAGGGCUCGCCGUACUACGCCCGCCUCAACCCGGUCGCCUCCUCGGUCACCAUCGUUCGCUACAAGUACGAGGAGCCGGCGUACGUCGAUCAGGUCCGCGUCAUGGAGCCCAAGACCGCCAUGGCCCGCAACCUCGGCCUCGUCCGCGUCUCCAUCAAGCUCCGCUACGUCCGCAACCCCAUCAUCGGUGACAAGUUUUCGUCGCGUCACGGCCAGAAGGGUGUGCUCUCGCAGCUCUGGCCCAUGGAGAACAUGCCGUUCACAGAGUCGGGCAUCACCCCGGACAUCAUCAUCAACCCGCACGCCUUCCCCUCGCGAAUGACCAUUGGCAUGCUCAUCGAGAUCAUGGCCGCAAAGUCCGGCGCCCUCUACGGCAAGUUCCAGGACGCCACCCCGUUCUCCUUUAUCGACAACGGGCACGCCUCGGAGUUCUUUGGCGAGCAGCUCCGCUCCGCCGGCUACAACUACUACGGCUCAGAGCCCAUGUACUCGGGCAUCACCGGGACCGAGUUCUCGGCAGACAUCUUUAUGGGCGUCUGCUACUGGCAGCGUCUCCGUCACCUGGUCUCGGACAAGCACCAGGUCCGUGCCACCGGCCCGGUCUCCGACCUCACCCGCCAGCCGGUCAAGGGCCGCAAGCGCGCAGGUGGUAUCCGCUUUGGCGAGAUGGAGCGCGACUCGCUCAUUGCCCACGGCACCUCGUUCCUCCUCCAGGACCGCCUCCUCAAGUGCUCCGACGCCCACACCGCCUUUGUCUGCGCAACCUGUGGCUCGCUCGCCGCCGUCUCCUCCGUCCAGGACGCCCUCACAGGCGUCAUCUCGCCAGUCUGCACCCGCACCACAUGCAAGGGCGGUGUCGUCCGCGAGCUCGAGCUCCCCUAUGUCUUCCGCUAUCUUGUCGCAGAGCUCGGCGCCAUGGGCAUUGCCAUGGAGCUGGACGUCCGCGAUCUCGAGUGAUCGUAAUGAACGCUCUCCAUGCAA